ACCGAUAAAAAGGCCAUGAAAGAGAACUACCUGCGAUCACAACGCUUUAAGAUGGAUGUGGUGUGCCUCCUGCCCCUGGAUUUCUUCUACUUCAAAGUCGGUGUCAACCCACUCCUGCGCUUUCCUCGCUGUCUGAAGUACAUGGCCUUCUUCGAGUUCAACAACCGCCUAGAGGCAAUCCUGAGCAAGGCGUACAUCUACAGAGUGAUUCGGACCACCGCCUACUUACUGUACAGCUUGCAUGUGAACUCCUGCCUCUAUUACUGGGCAUCAGCUUACGAAGGACUGGGCUCUACCACCUGGGUCUAUGAUGGGAAAGGAAACAGCUACAUCCGCUGCUACUACUGGGCAGUCAAAACCCUCAUCACCAUCGGGGGCCUGCCGGACCCCAAGACACUGUUUGAGAUCGUCUUCCAGCUGCUGAACUACUUCACAGGUGUCUUUGCUUUCUCCGUCAUGAUAGGGCAGAUGAGAGAUGUGGUUGGCGCUGCUACCGCAGGGCAAACUUACUAUCGGAGCUGCAUGGACAGUACCAUUAAAUACAUGAACUUCUACAAAAUCCCCAAAACUGUUCAGAACCGGGUGAAAACGUGGUACGAGUACACGUGGCAUUCACAAGGCAUGCUAGAUGAGUCAGAGCUGCUGGUGCAGCUGCCGGACAAGAUGAGGCUGGACAUCGCCAUCGAUGUGAACUACAACAUCGUGAGCAAAGUGGCCCUCUUCCAGGGCUGCGACAGGCAGAUGAUCUUCGACAUGCUGAAGCGGCUCAGAUCGGUGGUCUACCUACCUAAUGACUACGUGUGUAAGAAGGGAGAAAUCGGCCGUGAGAUGUACAUUAUCCAGGCAGGCCAAGUGCAGGUGCUGGGGGGACCCGAUGGCAAAACCGUGCUGGUGACUCUGAAAGCUGGAUCUGUGUUUGGAGAAAUAAGCUUGCUGGCGGCAGGAGGGGGAAAUCGCCGAACAGCAAACGUCAUCGCUCAUGGCUUCGCUAACCUUUUCAUUUUGGAUAAGAAGGACUUGAAUGAGAUUUUGGUGCAUUAUCCGGAGUCUCAGAAGCUGCUGCGUAAGAAGGCUAAGAAAAUGCUGAAAAACAACAAUAAACCCAAAGAUGAGAAAGGAGCCCCCGGAGAUCCACUGAUCAUCCCUCCGAAAGCUGGCACUCCAAAGCUUUUCCAGGCUGCCCUGGCUGCCACGGGGAGGCUGGGGGGCAAAGGGCCACUGGCACAGCUCCGGUGGAGGCUGAAGGAGCUGAAGGGAAUGCAGACGCCGCAG